AUGCCUGGAAAGGCGCGCAGCCAGACCAAAGGCUCUCGGUCGGCUCGCACCAGCAACAAGAAUAAUAACAAGAAUAGCGACCCAGACUCCAACCCCGGUCCCGAAAACACAGGCCGUCCCCUGGCCAAGCGGCAAAAGACCGCCAGAGCCUGUGACCGCUGCCGCCUGCACCGCAUAAAGUGCGACGAGCAGAAGCCCUGCGCACAAUGCAUCGGUAUGAAGGCGAAAUGCAUCGUCUCCUAUGCCCCUCCUCACUCCUCUCGGACCAACAACAGCGACGCCGACCACACGAGAUGCGAGUCGUCGUCAGUGCUCCCUCCAAAAUCACCCUCGCCUUUGUCUACUCCCACUGCGUGUCGCUGCAACAGCGCUCGCGCGAGCAGCUCCACCGCCAACACCAGCCCGAUCAGCCCAAUUGUCCCACGCUCCGGCAUGAACAUGGGCCAGGAGAGCUCGGGGCCGACAAGCAUUCCGCCGGACAAUGUCCACAAGGAAUCUCCCAAUCUCGCCGCUCACGUCCAGGGCUUCUUCGGCGGUGGGCAGCCGGCCUUUUCACAAAACUCUGCCCUUGCUGGCUGCCUCUUCCCCCAGCUCCCGCAUCCCGCCCUCCCAUCGGGGGAACGCCCUCUCGCGUCGAAUGCGCUGCUCAAGAGCCAGCGGAGCUACUAUCUCCGGCUUUUCUGGUACGCUUGCCACCCGCUUCUGCAGAUUAUGAGCGAGACAGAAUUCGUCGAGCUCGAGGCUCUGCCGCCACCGACCGUGUUUGAUGAGUAUUCGGCGAGGAGCGCCCUGAUCGAUUCCAUGAUCGCUCUGGGCAUGCAGCACAGCCAUGCCACUGGCCUUGCCGGGCGGAUAUUAGGUCUCCAACAGCCAUCCUCCCGGCAGUACUACCACGCAGGCCCUCCACCGGAAGCCACCUGGCCCGGCUUCGAAUACUUUCAUCGCAGUCGUGAGUGCAUGAGGACCAGCACAGAGGCGACCUUGGAGGCCCUACGAUGCCACGCUCUCAUGGCUAUCUACCUCAUCAAGGGCAAUGCUUUCCGCGACGCCUACAAUUUGCUCGGCAUCACUAUUCGCAAGGCCUACAUUGCCAAACUCCAUCGACUGCCACCGAGCCAUCUGCCCGAGGCGGAAAAGACUGCACGCAUGCAAGUGUGGUGGAUGCUCUUCUCCCUGGAUCUCCAAUGCUCGCUGCAGCUCGACAUGCCCGCUGCCACCCAGAAGAGCCUCGUGAAAUGCCCCUUUCCUGCCGAGGACGCCCUCGCCAGCUACCUCUCCUCCCCUAGCCACCGCGAAGGGGGCAUCACCGCUUACACUUACUCCACCCGUCUGGUCAACCUCGCCGUCAUUGUGGCCGACAUUGGCGCGUGCGUCUCGACCGCGGACCUCGUCGACGAUGACGACGGCGGCGGCAACAGCCCGGCCACUCUCGAACAUCACGCCCUCAAACUUUCGUCCGCCCUCCAAAAGCUCGAGGUCUGGCGCCACCAGCUACCUUCGGAGCUGCUAUUGAGCCAGUGUGGGAACGGCUCCGGCAACACUGAGAUGCUCGACUUUGAUCGUGACCUGUUCCAGCCCGCCUGGCUGCAGCGGCAAACGGUGCUCUUGGAGCUCCACUAUCACAACGCAUACACGCUGAUCCAGCGUCCCUUCCUCCGUCUCCGCUACGCACACUCCAACGCCACCAGCGGCAUGAUCACCCCACCCCCCUCGCGGCCGCCGCACGUGGAGCUGCACAUUGGCAGCGCCUUCCACCACGCAAUCACAAUCGUCGACACGGCCUUCACGGUCUGCUCCAUGUCCGACGUCCUCUACGGCUGGUCAGAGGUCCUGCAGCCGCUCUGGAACGCGACUGUGACAAUCAUGGCCUACGUCUACGCCAACUCGCUGAGCUCCGAGGUGCCGCGGGCGCUCGACUCUCUCACACGCGCCCAGGCUGUUUUCGAGUCCUUCUCCCCCACCAGCCCGACCGCCCUCUCCGCAAAGGAUACUGUCCAGUCGCUCGCCAACAGCCUGCAGAACAUGAUGGCGCAAGGCUCGUGCGCACUUUCCCACGACGACCCAAUGGGCUGGGACCUCUUCGCGUCGCUGCUCGAGGAGCAGCAGACGUCCCUGGCCGGCCUCGAGAACGGGCCCUCACCCAACGAUCUCUAUGGUAGCGUGCUCUUCUCACCCUUCAUGCCCUCGGCCUCGCAAAUCAACACCCCCGAGUUCAACGCGGUGACCAUGCCGUUCGGCGGCUCGUGA